UGGAGUAGGAAGAGAAUCUCCGGGCUCUAUUUGUUUAGAGAGAAAAUGGGCUUUGCUUAAUCCUACCCUUCUUUUGGUACGGUGAUUCGUAUGGAAAGCUAUCUAGCUGCUGCUGAUUCGUUGAUAUUUGGCUGCCUUGGCGAUUGCUCUUCUGCAAUUGAUACUUACAGAGGAGGGCUGAUCAAGUUUCGGAGCUUUACGAUCUUCAAUAGUGGUGAGAAACGCUAACGUCAUUUACAAAUGAGUACUGAUCUCCUAUCUAAAAAAGUAAUGUUGAUCUCAAAUGUAAGGAAGAUUUUGGGAAAUCCAAGGACCCAACUGCGUUUGAUUGAAAAUAGACAACUGUUUAUCUUCAGAUCUUUCUGUUCGCCCAAACAACACUCUCUCUCGGUGUCUUACACAAGUGGGUUGUCCCCACAAAGUGCUCUAUCUGCAUCAAGGAAGUUACAGUUUGAAACCCCAGAAGGAGCAGACUCCGUCCUCGCACUCCUUAGAAAUUAUGGAUGCACUAAUACCCAUAUCUCCAAAAUUGUAAGCAAGUAUCCGGCCCUGUUCACAACCGAUCCUGAGAAGACCCUUUUGCCGAAACUUGAGUUUUUCCGUUCUGUAGGCUUUUCAGGGCCUGACAUUGCAGGUAUUCUCUCUUCAAACCCUUAUAUCUUGAAAAGGGGCCUACAAAAUAAUCUCAUUCCUACUUAUACUUUCCUCAAGAGUGUAGUGAUGGUCAAUGAAAAUGUUGUGAGGGUUUUAAGGAAGACACACUGGAUUACAGUUCAAAGUGUGCAAAAAGCCAUCACCCCAAAUAUUGCAAUUCUGAAAGAAAUUGGAGUUCCCAUGCCAAAUAUUUUGUUUUUGCUGACAUGUCACCCUAAUGCAGUGAUCCAAAACAGGGAAAAAUUUAGUACAAGUGUCAAGAAGGUUAUUGAAAUGGGAUUCGAUCCUUUGAAAGUUAGCUUUCUGAAAGCAGUCCAAGUGAUCUGUGGAAUGGGUGAAUCAAUCUGGGAACAAAGAAUGGAGGUUUAUAAGCGGUGGGGUUUGACAGAUGAUGAGAUUAUGUCGAUGUUCAGAUUGGAUCCCUUAUGUAUGAGGUCAUCGGAGAAGAAAAUAAUGAGUGUGAUGGAUUUUUUGGUUAAUAAGAUGGGUUGGGAACCUGCAACUAUUGCUAGAUAUCCAACAGUAUUUAUGCGCAGUUUGGAGAAGAAGAUCAUUCCACGGUGUUCAGUGGUGAAAGUUCUUCAAAUGAAGGGGUUGGUGAAGAAGGAUCUGUGUUUGGGUAUUUUAGGCUGCAGUGAAAAUAAUUUUUUUGAUAAGUUUGUGCUCAAAUAUGAGCAAGAAGUUCCUGAGCUUUUAAAUGUUUAUCAAGGAAAAAUUGGUAUUUUGGAACUUGGCUUUGUAUCUGAGGAGAUAUGGGAGAAGAAAGAGUUGUAGCAUCUCAACUUUACAAUUCCAUGGCCUCUGUUCUUCCAAUGCCCCUUGUUCAGUUCCUUCUCACAUGGAAAGGAAAGUUCUUUCAAAUCUUCCCUGACAGUUCUUCCAAAGCAGGAUGUGCAGUAAGAAUCAUAUAGGGCCUUCUACUGAGUGACCCCAGGAGAGGAAAGUCUCCAUUGCCUUGGGAGUAAGACUUUGGUAUGGAUUGGAUGUUUCUGUUUGAUGAGGAAUAGAAGGUAUGUAACCCAUAGGCAGACUUUGUUUUUUCUUUUCUAAUCUGAUAUGGUUGGCAAAUGUAUUUCUACAGGGGCAGGCAAACCUUUGAACCCGAGUUGUAGCUUGCCCAGAGGCCUUCAAAUAAGAAUGAAGUUGGGUCCCUUGCUUAUAGCUCGCAGGAAAUGAAAUGGUUCUUCCUCAAGCAUUAUCAUAAUAUUCCAAGUGUUGGGUCU